AGUAGUACGUACUGUUUAUGCAAUAUUCCACUAAUUAUAAUCUAUCAUAUAUAGGGGUAUAAAUGUGGGUGGCCUGGGUGGGUUCUCAUCUCAUCUGUUCUCCCCGCCCACUCAAUUCGGUCUGAUCUCAGUAACUAUGCAGAGCAGAAGUGUUUGUGCUCUUCUUUUCCUUUGCAUUUUGCUCCUAAUUUGCUUUCUUCAAAAUUUGGCAUCAGCCCAAAUUCAGAAUGAUUUCCAGUCCACUACUACUGUGCAGCAGCAUAAGAAACACAGGCAUUCAGGGUUCUCCCAGGCAGAGUGUGGAGAUGCAUGCACAUAUAGAUGCUCAAAGACAGCAUACAAGAAGCCAUGCAUGUUCUUCUGCCAAAAGUGUUGCUUCAAGUGCAGAUGCGUGCCUCCAGGAACCUAUGGCCAUAAACAAGUCUGCCCUUGUUACAAUAAUUGGAAGACCAAGAGAGGUGGCCCUAAAUGUCCCUAGCUAGCUAUCCUCACUUCAAAAUUCGAUCUUCUCGCUUUAAUGUUAUCCGCAUAAGCUUAAUUCAUUGACUAUAACUCAAAGUUAAGAACUGUAUGUCGAUUUAAUUCUCGUUUCAUUUUUUUCGAGUAUUACUGACUCUGUCACAAUAUAUUAUGAUAUUUAAUUUGGCAGAAUCACAUUAUUAUACUGACCAUAAGCUCAUUCCAUUUGAAUGUACUAGACAAUAUAGAUAUUAUUGGCAUUUUAGUACGGUGGUGCAAAUUAAAUUGCAAAAUGGGGGUUGCAUCAUUUGAUUUGAUUGAUUA